AGUACCUCCCUCCCCCGACAGUGGAACAGUCUAAAUCAAAAUGGCGGCUUGCAUGUGAAAAGUCGAAAAAGGAGCGAUAGAUUUGUUCAUUUUUCACCCCCAACAGACUGAUUCUAAGCCGUGAGUUGACACUCAGACAGCAUGUCAGAUACAUGGAGCAGUAUCCAAGCUCACAGGAAGAGCCAGGAGAGUCUCAGGGAGCGGCUACAGCGCCGCAGGCGACAGGGACUCGGUCUGGAUAUCGAGGGCCUGGUGGCAGGGCCCAGUAGUGACUCCAAGCCCAGCUCCCGGAGCAGCAGCCCCACCCCACAGCCGCCAGCACCAACCCCCAAGGCAGAGGACGUCACCAACAUCGACCCUGAUGUGGAGAAAAAGCUGCUGGCCUGUCUGAACGACCAGGACAUGACCAUACCCACAGAUUCCAGCAUUCUACAGGGCAGGGUGGCAAAGGUACAGGAUCUAGAGAAGGAUGUUUCACAAGCAUGUGUGGAGAGCCUACUACAGAAAUUUGCAGCACAGGAGUUGAUAGUGAUAAAAAGCAGUGUAACAGAUGCUGGGACAUCUUGCAUAGUUGUGACAGAACUGGACCAUUCCAAGCUGAAAGCCAUGUGUAAUGAGCUGCUACAGUCGGGGGCGGAGGUCUCAGAAAAAUCAGGUGUUGGUGUGAAGAGAAAAAGAGAAACAGAUUCCCCUGCACCAGAGGAGCGUGUGACCAAAACAGUGAGUAAGAAGAAGGAAGACUUGGGCGAUGACAGUAUCGAGAGCCUCCUGUCUAUGCCAACCAUAAAGGAACAAGAGACAAAAGAGAUGGGAGAAGAGAUAUUCGAUCUUCUAAGUAAGCCCACUGCAAAGGAGCAGUCAUUGGUCGAAAAGUUCAAGUCACAAGGAGGUGCGCAGGUACAGGAGUUCUGUCCACACGGCACAAAGGAGGAGUGCAGAAAGGAAAGAAGGGCAAACCAUGCCUGCAACAAGCUCCAUUUCAAGAAAAUCAUCAAGGACCACACUGAUGAAUCUCUUGGGGACUGUUCCUUCCUCAAUACAUGUUUCCACAUGGACACAUGCAAGUAUGUCCACUAUGAGAUAGAGUUCCCAGAGGGAGAUGCUAAACUGGACCAGGAGCAAAAAGUUGCUCUAGCAAAGGCUGUCAAGCCCAAGAACUCAGCACAUAUCCUGUAUCCAUCACAGUGGGUCCAGUGCGAUAUCCGCCGCAUUGACAUGGAGGUUUUGGGGAAGUUUUCGGUGGUAAUGGCUGACCCCCCCUGGGACAUCCACAUGGACUUGCCCUACGGCACCAUGACAGAUGAUGAGAUGAGGACCCUGAAUGUUUCAGCCAUUCAGGAUGAGGGUUACAUCUUCCUUUGGGUCACUGGCAGGGCCAUGGAACUGGGACGGGAGUGUCUCAAACUUUGGGGGUAUGAGAGGGUGGAUGAGCUGAUUUGGGUUAAGACUAACCAGCUGCAGCGGAUCAUCCGGACAGGCCGCACCGGGCACUGGCUCAACCACGGCAAGGAACACUGCCUGGUUGGGGCAAAAGGCACCCCAUUCUGGACCAACAGAGGACUGGAUGCUGAUGUCAUUGUUGCUGAGGUACGUGAGACCAGCCACAAGCCUGAUGAAGUGUACGGCAUCAUUGAGCGCCUCGCCCCCGGUCGCAGGAAGAUUGAGCUGUUUGGCAGGAUGCACAAUGUUCAGCCAAACUGGGUAACCCUCGGUAACCAGCUGGACGGAGUACACUUGGUGGACCCUGAGAUGGUUGACCGAUUCCGACAGAGGUACCCGGACGGAGACAGGAGCUACCUAAAACCCUCCUAAAUAAAUGUCAUUGUCCAAUCACAUGGAAGUUCAUCUGUGAUGAGAGAGUUAUGUUCAGAGCCAACACUUGCAAGAAUUGACUUACUAGCACCCAUAUCUUCAUAUAUUAGUAUUCAAAUCCAGUCUUUGUCAGGGAAUGACUACACGUUGCUGAAGUCUUGUGUAUAAAAUCAUGUGACAGAAGUGGAUUCAUUUAAUUUUCCUCUUCACUCAUUUGUCCCAUUUAAUCUGAGUGACCUUAUCCUUGUAUUUCAGCUUGUUGAGAAAUGUACAAAUUAACUAUCUCGGUAUGUUUAUUUGUACAUUUGUACAUAUGAGCUCGGAAUGGAAGUGUAUUCCUAUACUUAAAAAAAGUUUGAUGAUGAUUAACCGAACUGUAAAGCUUAUCUUCCACUGGCAGUGAUGAAAAGGACAGAAGCUACAUACAGUUACAGUAUGAAGUACCGGUACUUAUAUAUGUAUUCAGAGGAAAUCUUGUAACUUAGGACUGCGAAUUUUCCAGAGAUGUAGAAGCUGUUAGAUCUGCAUCUCGAUAUUUGAAAAAGGAACAUUUUUGGUUGGUAGAGAUCUCCCAAUAAAAGCUGUUGUUUUUCAUUCCA